AUGACCGAAGCCUCUUAUCGAGAGUGGUUUGCGAAGCAAACCGUGCUUCUAACUGGAGCAACGGGCGGCCUUGGUGGCUGUCUUCUUUACAAACUCAUUCUUCAAGUACCUGUCAAGAAAGUGUUUCUCCUCCACCGGGGUCUGAGGGAAGACGCCAUUGGGAAGCUACGCAGAAACAUGCCCGGAUGUGUCAGUGAACUGUUCGAAGGAGACAGAUUGGAACUUCUCAAGGGGGACAUCAUCGCUCCGAACUUGGGCCUGGAUGCGAGUCAACUAUCUGUGAUCCGAAAGGAGACAACCGUGGUACUUAAUGCAGCGGCAAACACGUCCUUCGUCGCAAAUGCCUAUGAGUCUUGCAAGAACAACUGUCUUCCGGCACUAGAUCUGGCCGAGCUUGCAUUGAGCUUCCCACAGCUCGUCAAAUUUGUUCAGGUAUCCAGCGUCUUUGCCAAUAGCUUUCUACCAGAUGGCGUGGUUACUGAAACCCUCCAUCCCUUUGGCGAGAACGAUCUUGACUGCGUGAGAGAGGUUGAAGAAAUCCUUUCUUUAAAAGGAAACAGCCCCCGGACGAAGCACUGGCUGUGGCCCUACGCCGAAGCGAAGUAUCUUAUGGAGAGACUCCUGGUUCAGAGAUACGAAUCUCGACUGCCCCUCCUGAUUAUCCGCCCCUCCAGCAUUGGACCAGCUUUGCGAGACCCAUACCCUUUAUUCUGUCCUCCGGGCUCUAGCCCCGUUGAGAAUUUCUUCGAAUUAUAUCUUGCUACUGGAGGCGCGAACAGGGUCUGGCGAGCCGCGAAGAAUUCGUCUAGUGGGAGCCACAUUGUGGACGAGAUUCCCGUCGACCUGGUGUCAAAUAUCUGUCUGCUUCAUUUGGCGCAAGGGUCGCAAGGGAUUGUUCAAGCCGCUGCCCAGCUGUACUGCUACCUAACAAUGGAUGAUUUUAUUGCGCUUGCCUCGCCUCACAUUCCUCCAGACCUUUCACUGCCAAUGCCGUGCUUCAAAUGGGAUGUGGAUGAGAGCUUGGAGCCUUGUUUUUUGGCCUCGCUGUUUGGUCUACGGGGUCGCGAUUGGAGGUUUAACUGCGAUCGAUCCAGGAACUUGAAGACCGUCAAUGGCCCUCUCAGCUUGAGCUUCGAUGGUCAUGACAUAGGGGCUUAUUUCAAAAAGCGGGUGGAGAAGUACAUCCCCAUCACGCGCGAGACGAAGAGGAAGCUUGAGGCUGGACGACGAAGAAAGUCGAGAUUGUGA